AUGUUUGUGUUGAUUUGGCUGGUGAGUUGUGUCUCUCGAUUGCAUCGCUCACCCACUCUUCUUCAUCUUCGCCAUAGUCGAAUCACUCACUCUCUCAAAAGCAAUCAGAUGGCUUCAACAUUCCUUUCCCUCCCAUCAGUUUCUCCAUCAGCUGCCCAGUCUGUGCAAGACAAAUGCAAGGACAAAAUGAAGUCUGGAAAUGCUUUCAAAAGUGCUUUCUUUGGGAAAGACAAACAACCUCUCUCCAUGAAAACAAAGUCUCAUGGGCGUAUUACAAUGGCUGUUGCCGUUAAAGCUUCACGCUUUGAUAGCAUAACAAUGGCUCCCCCAGAUCCAAUUCUUGGAGUUUCUGAAGCAUUCAAAGCUGACACAAAUGAGUUGAAACUUAAUCUUGGUGUUGGAGCAUAUCGUACAGAAGAACUUCAACCCUAUGUUCUUAAAGUUGUUAGAAAGGCUGAGAAUCUUAUGCUGGAAAGGGGAGAAAACAAGGAGUAUCUUCCUAUUGAAGGAUUGGCUGCAUUCAACAAAGCAACAGCUGAGUUGUUGUUUGGAGCAGAUAAUCCAGUUCUUCAUGAACAAAGAGUUGCCACUAUACAAGGUCUCUCAGGCACUGGCUCUCUUAGAAUUGCUGCAGCAUUAAUUGAGCGAUACUUUCCCGGAGCAAAAAUUCUAAUAUCAUCUCCAACUUGGGGUAAUCACAAGAAUAUUUUCAACGAUGCUCGGGUCCCAUGGUCAGAGUACCGAUACUACGAUCCAAAAACAGUUGGUCUAGAUUUUGAUGGAAUGAUUGAGGACAUAAAGGCAGCUCCGGAAGGGUCUUUUGUGCUUCUUCAUGGCUGUGCUCACAACCCAACAGGCAUCGAUCCAACUCCUCAACAAUGGGAGAAAAUUGCUGAUGUCAUUCAAGAAAAAAACCAUUUUCCAUUUUUCGAUGUUGCUUAUCAGGGAUUCGCUAGUGGAAGCCUUGAUGAAGACGCUUCUUCUGUGCGAUUAUUUGCAGCUCGUGGAAUGGAGCUUUUAGUUGCACAAUCAUACAGUAAAAAUCUCGGUCUUUAUGCCGAAAGAGUUGGGGCUAUAAAUGUCCUUUGCUCAUCACCCGAUGCAGCUAUAAGGGUGAAGAGCCAGAUGAAGAGAAUCGCGAGGCCAAUGUACUCAAAUCCACCUGUACAUGGGGCCCGCAUUGUGGCGAAUGUUGUUGGAAAUCCUGAUUUUUUCAACGAAUGGAAAGAUGAAAUGGAAAUGAUGGCUGGAAGGAUUAAGAGUGUGAGACAAAAGCUAUACAAUAAUCUCUCUUCGAAGGACAAAACUGGAAAAGAUUGGUCGUUUGUUCUUAAGCAAAUUGGGAUGUUUUCUUUUACUGGUCUUAAUAAAGCACAGAGUGAUAAUAUGACGGAUAAAUGGCAUAUUUAUAUGACGAAAGAUGGAAGAAUAUCAUUGGCUGGUUUAUCUGCUGCAAAGUGUGAGUAUCUUGCGGAUGCUAUUAUUGAUUCGUAUCAUAAUGUGAGUUAGAAAAUGGUGAGUAUAAAGCUUGGGAGCAUUUAUUAAUAAUUAGAGGGAGGUGAGGGUUGUUUUUGUAAUUUUGCAGAAAUGUUGUAAUAAUGUUUUGACUUUGUAUUGUGAGAAGACGUUUUGAAGUUAUAUAUGCAAGUCAUGUUUCUUCCCUUGGGGUUAGGGAAGGCAUGUGUUGGACCUUAUCGAAC